AAGGCAGUGUGAUUUUUAUCCCCAUGUAUCAAAUACGAUUUUCAAUUCUCCCCCUAGUGUGAAGUAACCUUUUCCAAUUUCGUUUUCCUGCAUAACUGCUAACUGUAUCUGCCGGAACUGAAGUUCUGUCCUUUACAUACAAUGAAAUCACUUUCUGACUUCAUUGGUUUAUUUAAAUGGGAACGAAUGUUGAAAGAGUAACUUACACAAGUUGAACACAAGAAAAAUUACCCAAAGACGCUUGCGUUACGCGAACGGUUACCUCAAAAGUGACCUCAUGCUGCAAAUCCGUUUGAUUCGUCUACGUUCGCAACCUCGGAUACAGUUUUAAAAUGAAUCUCCCUAACAAUGUAGAAUUCCUAAUUAAUUAGGCAGACGGAAAACUCAAAAAAGCACCAAUGAGAAUGCCACCUGGGCUUGCAGGGUCCAGAGAAGAGCUUGGUAUUGGGCUGUCACGCUUCAAUGGCUAUAAACCUCCACCCUCAGGAAAAGCGUCUCUGCGAGGAGCGUAACUGCCACUUCAGAGCAGACCCCUCACAGCUCACACUUGAAAUCCCGCAGAGAUAGACGCCUGCGGACCUCCACCGAACUGAGAAGCACUCGCUCAAUAGUGGAUUACCUAAACAUCGGGCUGUGAAAACAUGGACCUUAACUACUUCUCCAAGUCAAUAUGGGCAAAUGACAGCAAGUUACCCCACCAUCACCUCACCGAUCUUUUAACAAGUGUGUACAUCACUCGGGACGUCCCAGAAGGAACUACUUUUGGACCCUGUCUCCUUCAAAACACGUUUUAUGACACCAUUGCAUUUAUAGCGCUGAAGUGUUCCGACAGAAGAAACAAGUCUUAUGUGUUUCGGGUGGACACAGAAGCAAUGCAGAAUUCUCCGAAUGUUCUCCACUGGCUGCGCCUUGUGCAAGCGGCCAGCAACAGCAAAGAGCAGAACCUUGAAGCCUUCCUGAAAGGCGGACAACUGUAUUUCAGAUCCACAAGAAAUAUAAAGAAAGACGAAGAGCUUCUCGUGUGGUACGAUGAUGAACUUUCUCACCUCUUGGGAUUUAGUGAAAUCAAAGCCCGCCUGUCACCUGAUGGUUUUAAAUGCUUGAAAUGUGACCAGACAUUCAAGAAUGAAAACCCUUUCAUGGCACAUACACGCUUUCUUUGCAUCCAAGGUAAAAAUGAUUUUCAAGAGAGAAAGAUGACUGAAAUAAAGCGCACUUCUCGGGUGACCGACUUUCACAAUAUUGCCCGGGAUUUGGAGUUCAAACGAGGCAACGCAAAAGAAGACAUCGCCAACGUAUUUUUCCGCAAGGGAAAAUGUAUCGAUCAAGAAAGUGUGAAAAGCAACAAAUCAGUAUUGCUGGAAAAGACCAAUUUUUCUAACGUGCAUAACACCGUCUUUAUGAAUAGGGACAGCCAAGAUGUUGUUCCCGAGUUGACAGCUUCUGUUUUGAAACUCAGUGAUGGUAAAUAUUUACUGACUGAAUCUAAAUCUAGCGCCUUUACUGAAGUACGGAAGGACAAGGACAGAAUAAAGAACGAAAAGACAGAGACCAUCUCAGAAAAACAUAAUAAGCAAACAGGGCUGAAUCGGUUAGUAGCAGACUCCGCUUUGAAGUCGACAGGGAGCGCAUUUUCUUUAGUAGUGCCAAAGGGAGCGGAGGAAGACCAAAAAAGUGCGUUCUGUAAGCCCAGUAAAAGGGUGGUAAGCGACUGCUCGGCUCUUCCGCCCCACAAGUUAAACGUUUCAACUGGGAGUCUAAGGGACUUGUCAGACUCUAUUACCUCCAAUGAUAUUUUAGGAUAUGGCAGUCUGUUGGGAUCUAAAUUAUUAAACACCGAUUUGGCGACCACGACCUCGCUUCAGACAAACAUUCACAUGACCUCAUCCCUUCCUUACGCUUCCGAAGCCUGGCCUAGACAGAUCGGAGUACAAUUACAGACCACGUCUUCCCUAACUUUACUCCCACCCUCAUUCACGUCUUUUGGGGUGGCAGCUCAGAACUGGUGCGCUAAAUGUAACCUGGCUUUUCGGAUGACGUCGGAUUUGGUUUUUCACAUGAGGUCCCAUCACAAAAAGGAAUUUGCUGUGGAAUCGCAGACGAAGAGGAGGCGAGAAGAAAAACUAACCUGCCCGAUCUGUCACGAAUACUUCAGAGAGCGUCACCACCUAUCACGGCAUAUGACGUCUCACAAUUAAACUAAAUGACUCGGUUGCCAGGACAAUUUGCAUAUCUAAAGGUUUUUGCAUUGACUUUGUCGCGAUGCCUUUAAUGUAACUUUGUAUUGUUGGUUACGAGAUGGGGCGAAGAAAAGAUAAACGCGUCUUCUGCCAUUAACCAAUUCUAACAACCUCUGGAAUGUCAACUUCGGCUGAAAUCAAUUAUUUCACUAUCAACGCACCCAAGAACUUUGCUUUUACCUUUAUUAAAGUCUUAAUUAAGUUCAAUCUC